AUGUGCGACACCACCCGCGAACGGCAGCACGCACUAACAUCAACCGAAAGCGCCCACCCACGGCACAGCCCGACACGGAGACACGACGAACCAGCACUGACGCCGAUCCCUCCCAAUCUCCUCGAACAAGAAAUCCUUCGGCGACUCAGCCCGCACUCAAUCCACGCGCCACCCGCCGACCAAACAUCGGGACUGUUCUCCAGCGUGCAGAGCAAUUGGGUCGCGCUGCCGUUGCCAGCCAACAACGACCACGUUCGUGACGAUACGGAGAUGGGCAGCGAUGGCGGUGACGGCCGUACGGCGCCGCAAGUUUGGAACGCGACGGCGCUCCUGCAGCCGCCGACAUUUUCGGCCUCGACCAAGGCCGAAAGACGCGCUUUUAUGCGCGAGUACCAGAAGUAUCUGGGGCAGAUAAAUGCUCUGCAGUGCAGUGGAUCAAGUCCGUCCGCGAUGCCCGUGAGCGCCUGCAUGGACCCGUUCUCGAAGCGCCGUAUCGCGCUGUUCGACUUCAACCGCGAGCAUCAUUCCAUCACGAACGAUGAGUGGAUCGCGUGGUUCAAGUCAGCGUUUGAGGAAGACCCUCAAGACCUGGACGUUUUGAAGCAACGUCGGCAGCGAGCGAUUCGCUUCGAUACGAAGGUCUUGGACGCAGAGUCCCGCAUCGGUCGUAUGCUUGACGAGCUGAUGCGCUCGUUGGAACAAGACCAUCAGGAGUGGAAGACAGAGGUUCAAAAGCAGCUGCAGUUGCAGCAGAACAAGGCGUUGAAGAGCGACGUUUUUGGUUAUGUUAACUGGCUACGAACAUUUGCAGCUGGCGAUCAGCUGUACGUUGGACUCGACGACAAGUCCAAAGCUUCCCCGGCAGCGAAGCCGGUAGAAGCUCCACGAGGCGGCAAGCCUCAUAUGACAAGACGUGACAGCGGCCGGGAAGAUGCUGCCAAGAACAAUGGCAGAGUCGGCGGAAAGGCCGAAACGAUCGUGCCCAAGAAUGCUGAGCCCCCUGCCAGGAAGGGCUGCUUGAAGUGCAGUGACAUGAGGUGCCCGAGGACCGCGCCUGGCGAAGCCGAAACGUUGUUGGCAGCGCAAGUCAAGCGCUGGAAGGACGGCAUCAAGGUGCUGGUCAACCAGCCGCAGUGCCAGAAGACAGAGCGCGGCGUGCUCUUGGAGAAUAUCGUCCGCGUGGACGAUGUGCUCUUGGACUCUGGUUCGGACGUGACCGUUGUCACGCGCGGCCGUUUGGCGUACCCGUAUGGCAGUGACGCCAAACCAGUGGUGAUGACGCGCAGCGUCAAGUUCAACUGCGUGACGCUGGACACGACAUGUGGACCGCUAGUGUUGCGCGGUCUGAAGGCCUGGGUCGACGACGCGUCGACUGCAACCGAACUCAUCGUGAGUCACCCAGUCAUGGAGUUACUGGGCUUCAGCGUGGAAGACCUCCUUGUCGGAGCAAGGAAGAAGAAGGAAGAAUGGGACGUCUCGUCCGUGCCGACGAAUGAACUGUCUGGCAUGGCGAAUGUCAAGCGCCUGAUGGCGGAGAAGUUGAAUCCGCCGGAGCUUGACCCCGAUGACGGGAUGGAGUGUACUACUCCGGAGGUUUACCCCAAAACCUCCGUUGAGGACGAAGCGAAGCACCGCCGCACGAAGCAGGGCGCCGUUCAAGCCAUUCUGGCGGCCAAGGCAGCCGAGGCGGAGACGCGCGGGCUUGCGCCCGCUGAAGCGACGCGGCUGCACGACUUAUUGGCCAAACACAUUGAUGUCUUCCGCGAAAACUUGGGCGACGAUCCACCAGUCAAGGUCGAGCCAUUGAAGGUUCGGAUCAAACCCGGCGCGACGCUGGUGAAGUGUGGGAUGCGGCGGUACCCGCCGCUGCAUCUGGAGUACAUGCGCAGCCAUGUGGCUGCCCUGGAAGCAAAUGGUAUGGUAUACCAAAACAACCGGGCUACGUGGGCCGCAGCCCCAAGGAUCGUGCCGAAGAAGGAAGUCGGCGACUUGCGCAUGAUGAUCGACAGUAGGCCAAUCAACGCCUGCACAGAGCCGAUGCCUUGGCCGAUGCCAAACCUGGACCGCGCGGUGGUCUGUCUGGUCGGAACGAACAUGUACUUCACGUUGAACUGGACCAAGGGGUACUGGCAGUUACCGCUGCAUGCGGAUAGCCAGAAGUACUUCUCGUUCGUGACGCCCUUCGGCGUGUACACUCCGACCCGCGUGCUCAUGGGACAGACGGACGCUGUCGCGUACUACCAGUCGGUUGUCCACCAAAUGUUUGGUGAGCUGCUGUUUCGAGGCCUGUUGGCCUGGCUCGAUGACUUGCUGGGGUCCGCCAAGACGACAGACGAGCUGCUCGACUUGUUAGACCAAGUCCUGUCCAUCUGUGCCGAGUUCGGACUCAAGUUGAGCCUGAAGAAGUGUCAUUUCUUUCUGCGCGAGGCAGAAUGGUGUGGCAAGGUGAUUAUGGUCGAUGGAAUCACCCAUUCCCCAAGCCGAAUUCAAGGACUUGUGGAUUUGUCACCGCCGCCGACCGCGGCCGACCUCCAGCAGUUUGUGUGUGUCACCAACUGGAUGCGUGCGAGCAUCCCCGGCUACAAUCAGCUGGUGGCGACGUCUGCUGGACUGCGUGUUGCACUCCCUGCCGUGGGAUGGUCGUCCGAUCAUCUCAAGUGUUGCAACGAGGUGAAACACGCGUUGGCGCAUGUGGUGCCCCUGUCGCACCCGCGAGAAGACAUGACGGUCUGCGUCUUCACGGACGCCAGUGACCUGUUUUGGGGUGCGGUCGCCACACAAGUACCGCCAGCGGACCUCGACUUGCCUCUCGAAGACCAGCGGCACCAGCCGCUUGCGUUCAUCAGUGGGUCGUUUUCUGGCGCGAGUGCGCGCUGGCCCAUCGUGGAGAAGGAGGCCUAUGCCGUGGUCGAGUCGUGCAAGAGACUCGACUACCUGGUCGUACGCCCGGGUGGUUUCCGUCUGUUUACGGAUCACCACAACCUGGUGUACAUCUUCAACCCAAGUGGCUCGAACGCCAACAUGGCCAAGUACCAGGCCGACAAGCUGCAGCGAUGGUCGCUGGUGAUGUUGACCUUCCCGUACACCAUUGAGUGCGUCUCGGGGGACGCGAAUGUAUGGGGCGACCCCCUGAGCCGAUGGGGUUCGGCUCCGACGGAUCAACCAGUUGCGAAUGUUCGCAAGUUGAUCCAUGUGGUGUCGCCCCUUCAACAAGUGGAUUUCGAGUGGCCGACAGCCGCAACGAUCAGCGGCAUCCAACGUUCAACCAUGGAAGGGGGAGGGACCCCCCCAAAUGGCGUGGAUUGGGUCGACGACUCCCAUUUUUGCGUGGUCCUAGACGGUCGAAUCUGGAUCCCAGACGGUGUUGUCGACCUACAGCAGCGGAUUUGUGUGAUCGCUCACCAAGGAGCCAGCGGUCACCGUCGCAUCGCAGCGACGACCAAGUCGUUGUCCGCCCGUCAGAAACAUGUGACGGACCUCCAAGUGGCCCUAGAAGAAACGCACCGCAACGUGGUGGUUCGAAGCGACAAGUUGCGUCAGCAAGCACGUGGACGCCGCGACCGAAAAUCCCAAGUCAAGUUUGCGGGUUUUUCGGUCGGCGAUUUUGUCGGACGGUAUCAACCGUCCGACAAAAUUGGCCCUGCAUUGGCGCGGUCCUGCCAAGUGACCAGAGUUAUCACAGACCAUGUGAUGAAAACUCAGCAGCUGGUGCCACCGUACGAAGUCACGGUCCAUCAUGCAUGCCGAUUGAAGAUGUACCACGAAGGUGGUAGAGAGGUGACCGAAGAGCUCAAGGCGCAGAUCGCGUUUGGCGAUGGUGGAUUUCAUGUGGAGCGCCUGGACGAAGCGCGCUGCAUGGAUGGCCAACACCAAGUUUUGGUGAAGUGGCUUGGACUUGACGAUGAAGAAUCGUCCUGGGAACCUGCGGCGAAUUUGCUGGACGACAUUCCAGUCUUAUUUCGCAAGAGGGCGGCGGCGAACAAGGAAGACCCUGCCGUGGCCGUCCUCAUCAAGACACUGGACUUUCCGUAG